UUGUAAUCAGAAUGUUUUUAGGCUAUUUGUGAAACUUAUUGACUAAAAAAAUACUCACUAAGAAAUUUGCAUUUGGAACUGUUUUAUUUAUGAAAACUAAGAAAAAUAAAGUAUAUCACUAUAUGGCAUCAAAAUUAAUAGUACAUUCUUUACACGUCGUUUUACUCAUUGUCUUCAAGAAUUUCAAAUAUUUUCACGAUUCAAUGGUUUUUCAAAAACAUUAGGGGAACUUAGUUUCGCAAUUGAUUAAUUUUUGGUUUAAUUUUAAAAUUCGAAAGUAGAAAAGGCAUUUCAACUUAAGAAAUAAAACUUCAAAAGAAGAGAUACAAUAACUUUUUUUAUAGCACACUUCAGUUUAUUUUCAAGAAUUUUCUUUCAUUAAAAUAUGACUUUUUUCUUCUUUUGCGUAAAUUACGAAAAUAAGUUGAAUAAAAUUAAGCAACAUCAAACAACUUCGCAUCUAAAUAUUGGCUAAAAUAUAAGCAACUUGAGAUCUGACCAAAAUCCUAAAUUGCUUAUAAAAAGAUGACCUUUUUAAACUCUACAGAAACAAGCAGAAUGCGUACUUUCAGUUCAAAAACUUUCGUGUCAUACUCUGCCAUUAGAACAGAUCUCUUGUGGCGAUAAUGUAAUCCAUAUGAAAAUAAGUUUGAAUGGCAUUAGCAUUACAAUAUUCCCCAUGUUUGAAGGGAAUUUUCAUCCGUUUUUUGGAACUUCUUGACGUUCGGCUUAAGCCUAUAAAUAUAUAAAAUAUACGCAAAAAUCCAAAUGAAAUGGCGCACGUAGAAGGAUAUCUUCGAAAAACUCCACCCAGUGGUAAAAUACAGAAGGCCAAAUUGCGGUAUUUUAAGCUGAGUAAAACUCUGCAUGCUGAACAGAGCUCCAAAAAAGGAAAUUUGGGUACAUACGUUUCAAACGGAUAUGCUCUGUUUUAUUGGAAAUCUGAAGAUGAGAUGCUGAUGAAGAAGCGGCCAUUACGGAUUCUGUAUAUAAACAGUGACGUCACUUUCAUUCAGCAACCUAACGUUCAGCGUGUGAGAGGUAUGGAUAUGAUGGGCAUGACUUUAAAUAUUUCAUCGGAAGAAAAAAACAGAUCGUUUUACCUCUACACACAAAAUGAGGAAGAAAUGUCACAAUGGUGUGACGCUUUCAGUGAAGCCGUCAAACUACAAACAACCACUACAGAAAACAUAUAUGAUGACGUUAAACCGCCCGUCCAAGAAAGUGGCGAAAAGGCCGAGUCUUUUGACAAGCCAGUCGACUCGGCAUUUUCUUCGGAGGUCAGCGUAAAUACUUCUCUGGAAAAUGAAAUCGCAGAAGAAUUUCGAAUAAGAGGAGUAAGCGAACCAGUUUCCGCCAGGCCUGCAGUUCACGAAGGACCGUGGAGAAGCAAUACAUGCCCCAGUAAGACUAGGGAGCGGAAAGUAUCCGUUAAUUUUACGAAUGCCGGAGCCGAAGUAAUCACAACAAGAAAUGUGAAAAGUACAACUUUCACAAGACGCAGUGAUGGUACUACUGAUGUAAAUGUUCGAUAUACCUCAGACUAUGAAAGUGAGUAGGGUUCCCAACUCCCGUUUGUAUUGAAAGCAAAUCAUGUACAUAAUGUUGUAAAUUUUAUUUUCUACUGUAUAUAAUAUUAAUAAAAAAGACACAAAUUAUUUAA